CCUUUGUGCACGUCGCGCCUAUUGUUCCCAUGAUAAAUGCUUACACUUCAGUCCCCGUGAGCUUGGCUUUGUGAUCACUUGACGCAUAACAUGUAAAAGAAAAAGACUUUCAAGGACUCCAACCAACUCCUUAAUACACUCCAGACAUGGCCGGGUGCAUUAAGUACCUAAAGACUGCUUCGGGGAUCCUUAAGAUAGCAGAGACUGUGACAGUGGCCACCACCUUUGGGCUCUUCAGGGGAAUUCCCUUGACCUUUGGCGACACCCAUCACUUCGCCGGCAACGUAGGAACCGAUACGGACUUCUUUGCGGGUGGGGUCAUGGUCACUGCGCUGAUUGUGACUCCUUUGUUCUUCGUGUUUUAUCUCCUGGGGCGGAAGGAGAUCAGGAAGACAGGGAUGGAAAUCGUACUGAACUUCAUCCUCUGCAUCUUCCUCUUCAUAUCCGGUUCCCUGUGUCUGGCCUUUUAUAACUCGUCUCCCUUACCUAACCCUUGGAACAGCAAACAAAAGGAAGGAAUUACGAUGGGCGUCUUCUGCUACAUCUCCGCCAGUUUCUAUUUGGCAGACACCCUCGUUGCCCUCAGGAACUUUUGUCGAAAAGAAACCGAAACGGAUGCAUGACGGUAUAAUGGUUAUGAGAAAACGGAAAUAAAGAGAAAACGGGAAUAAAGAGAAAACGGGAAUGAUGCGGAGAUAAAGAGAAAACGGGAAUGAUGCGGAGAUAAAGAGAAAACGGGAAAGAUGCGAAAAUAAAGAGAAAACGGGGAAAGUGUGUAAAUUAAGAGAAAACUGGUGUGAUGGUUCAACAACUGGAGGGUAGACUAAAUAAAGAUUUAUAUAUAAUUUUUUCUCA